GCCCAUGCAUAUGUGAAUGCUGGCUUUAAGAUGGCACUGGACCGUCAGAGUGAUGCAACAGUGGUCACAAAACCAAGCAUUGUGUUUGGCGGCGUGAACAAGACUAUGGUACAUGCAUCUGAAACUGAAGACUUCCUGGUUGGAAAGAAGAUCACAGAUGCUGACACUCUAAGAGGAGCCCUCGCUGUACUGGAAGCAGAACUGGUGCCAGAUGAUUCUGCUUUCCAGACUCCACAGUACACCAAACAGCUGGCCAUGGGAUUGUUCUAUAAGUUUUACCUGUCUGCAGUUGGGAUGGAGAGCCUGACUGAGAAGGUUCGUUCAGCGGCAGACUCGCUGGUACGUCCGGUCUCCCGUGCGGAGCAGCAUUUCCAGAACAGGGAGUCUGAGUGGCCCCUCAGGCAACCCAUGCCUAAAACAUCUGCUAGAGUACAGGCGUCUGGAGAAGCCAUCUAUAUCAAUGACAUGCCUGCUAUGCCAGGGGAAGUCUACGCUGCACUUGUGACAUCAUCUGUGGCCAACUGUAAACUGGGCAACUUGGACUUUUCACAAGCCAUGGAAAUGCCAGGAGCAGUUGCAUAUGUUACAGCUGGAGACAUUAAAGGAGAAAACCGUUAUAGUCUGUCACCACAGCCUGCAGCUGAGAUUUUCUCCAGUGAUGAGUUGCUGUAUGCAGGUCAGCCAGUGGCUCUUGUCAUUGCAGAUACCCAGGCUCGUGCUUAUGCCAUGGCCAAUGCUGUCCAGGUUACUUACACCGACCUGAAACCACCCAUACUCACCAUCCAAGAUGCCAUCGCUGAACAAUCCUUUCACCCAAUCGUCAAAGAAGUGGUGAAGGGAGAUCCAAAAGGUGCCUUAGCUGCAGCUCCCCAUCGUAUCUCGGGUGAGGCAUUGUGUGGUUCUCAGUACCAUUUCCACAUGGAGACCCAAGUGUGCCGCUGCACAUCAACGGAGGACGGCAUGGACGUCCAGUCUGCUACCCAGUCUAUGGAUAAAAUCCAGGCAGUUAUUGCACAGGCCACUGGAAUUGCAGCCCAUAGAGUGUACGUAUCUGUCAAGAGACUGGGUGGAGGCUUUGGAGGGAAGGGACUCGGUUCCAUGCUGCCGGCUGCUGCAUGUGCUGUGGCUGCUCAAAAUCUCAACAGGACCGUACGCUUGAGCAUGCCUCUUGAUGCAAAUAUGGAAGCCAUAUCAAAGAGAGCGCCCUAUCUUAUUAAAUACGAGGUUGGUUUUGACGAUGAGGGAAGACUGCUGGCAGUGGUGUACAAUCUGUACGAAGAUAACGGAUGUUCCGUUCAGAUCUGUCUUGUCAGUGGUGUGUCAGUUGCUGCUGAUAAUGUGUAUUACUGUCCAUGCUGGCAGUACACAGGACAAACCUGUAAAACCAACACUGCUCCAACAACCUUCACAAGAGCUCCAGGUUUUGUGGCAGUUCACUUCUUCAUGGAGCACAUCAUUGAACAUGUGGCCAAGACCUUGAACAAGGACCCUACCGACAUCCGCCGGAUCAACAUGUUUGAAAACGGACAGACCACUCUGGCUGGACUCACACUGUCUGACUGCAACAUCACUCAGCAGUGGGAGGAUCUGUUGACAUCGGCACAAGUCAAACAACGACAGCAGGAGAUAGAGAUUUUCAACAAGGAACAUCGUUGGAAGAAGAGAGGCUUGUCUGUGGUUCCAUGUCGAUAUGUCGCCUUCUCCUGCUUCUUCCGUUUCACGGUUUUCGUGGCGAUCUACCACACCGAUGGUUCUGUGGUCAUCACACAUGGUGGUAUUGAGAUGGGACAGGGGAUCGAUACAAAGGUGAUGCAGGUGGCAGCUGCCACCCUGGGCGUUCCCAUGGAGAUGAUCCAUGUGAUGUCCACCAACUCUCUCUCCAGUCCCAAUAGUAGUGACUCAGGAGGCAGUGUCACCAGUGAACUGAACUGCCAGGGAGUGCUUGAAUGCUGCAGGAGGCUGAAUGAACGGAUCAACCCCAUCCGACAGGAGAUGGGCGGGGCUCCAAAAUGGACAGAACUCAUCAACACGUGUCACAGUAAGGGGGUGGACCUGUCCGAGAAAUACAUGGAGCAUGAUCCAUUGCCGGUACCUCGUCCAGCGUACAACAUUUUCGGUGUGACCUGCACAGAGGUGGAGCUGGAUGUCCUGACAGGGGAGCGAGAAAUCACACGGUCGGACAUUCUGUUUGACUGUGGGGAGAGUAUGAACCCUGACCUGGAUGUAGGCCAAGUUGAGGGAGCGUUCGUGUUCGGGCUGGGCUACUGGCUGACUGAGAAGUGCGUGUACGACAAGGAGACGGGAAGGCUGCUGACCAACGGAACAUGGGAAUACAAGCCUCCUACAAGCAAAGAUAUUCCAGCGGAUCUGCGAGUUACCCUGCUGCCAAACUCAUCCAACCAGUUCAGCGUGAUCAGGUCUAAAGCUGUGUCAGAGCCCCCACUGCUGAUGUCCUGCUCUGCCAUGUUUGCUCUGAGACAGGCUAUCCAGAGUGCACGGGACGACUGCGGUCAUGGGGACGACUUCUUUCCUUUGAAUGGGCCUGCCACGGUGGAGACUUGUCAUCAGUCCUGUCUUGUGGAUCCUUCCAAUUUCACUCUGUGACAGUUUGAGUGUUCACCAAAUCUCAACAAUCUACAAUCUGUCACCAUGGUAAUUGG